UUAUUAAUAUCGUGACCACUGAUAUGGCUGCAUGUCAAUGAAGAUACACUCCGUAGUGUUGUUUUCACAUUUUUAUCAACAAUUCACUUAAAGUUAGUUGAUCCAACGAGAAUUUAGAAUUUCCCAUGAUCGGCGUGAGGUCAGAAGGUAGUACCAGGCGUACCGCAAUUUGAAGAACAUACUAUAAAAAUAAUAGUGAUCGUGGUGGACAUUUUUACAGUUUGACGUCAAUAACCAAGAAUGCGUAAGGCGGAGCAGAGUGUUUUAUUUGUUUUUGUAGUAUUCUUUUGUUUUAAUGUGAAAGGACAAGACCAGGAAGUGGAUGAUGAAUGCUUCACAGAACAAGGGUCGCUAGGAGUAUGCAAAUAUCUCACGAACUGCCAAAGCGCCAAAGAUAACAUUAAGAAGGGCAUAUAUCCAACGGAUAUUUGUGGAUAUGACGUAACACAAGUUAUAGUGUGUUGUGUACCACCGAGACAACCAACACCUAUCAUUAGAGAACCGCCAAUUAUAACCCGACCUCCUCCACAAGUUAUAACUCCGACACCAAACCGAGUUGGUAAUCAGCCAGGUGAUAAGGCCAAUGCAAUGUGUCAAGUAUAUUCUCAAUAUGCAUAUGAGAAGAUUGAGAGUCCUACAUUGUCAGUAAUAACAACAUUUUCAAAAAUAUUGGACUGUCCAAUUUCUACGCAACCUCUGAUUGUAGGUGGAACUAAAGCAGGACGAAAAGAAUUCCCGCAUAUGAUCCAAAUUGGUUAUGGCUCUCCUGAUACAAGUUGGGACUGUGGAGGUACAUUAAUUAGUGAGAAUUUCAUUUUAACUGCUGCUCAUUGCUUGCGCGGUGGCAAAGGAGACGCUAAGUUUGCCAGAGGUGGUCUUGCAAAUCAAUCAGACACACACCACCUUCAAGUCAGAAAUAUCAUUAAGCUAAUAAAACACCCCAGGUACACCUUCGCAAAAUACCAUGAUAUAGCCCUAAUGAAAGUUGACAGAAAUUUUGAGCUCAAUACGUUUCUACGUCCAGCAUGCCUUUACACUAAAAAAGAUUUUCCUGUAAAACAUGCUGUAGCUACAGGCUGGGGUCUGACUGAAUUCGCUGGAGAAGGCAGCGAAGAUCUGCAGAAAGUUAUUUUGGAGUAUUUUACAACUUCCCAAUGUAAUAAUACUUACAGGAGAGUUAUAAAUUCAGUUAACACGGAGCUUCCUGAUGGAAUUAUUGAAGACUAUAUGAUUUGCGCGGGAUCUUCAGAGGAUAGAAAAGAUACCUGUCAAGGUGAUUCUGGGGGUCCUCUUCAGAUUGUCCACGAAGAAACCAAUGAGGUCAAGUGUAUGUAUAACAUAAUAGGAGUUACUUCAUUCGGUGUGGCUUGUGGCAUUGGAAAAAACCAACCAGGAGUGUACACAAGAGUCUCUUAUUACAUAAAGUGGAUAGAAGACAAUGUAUGGUCAUAGCAGCAGACUGAUUUUUAGUUAUUAAGGAUAUUUGAGUAUGUUAUAUCAGUAGAGUUUGCAGUAAACCGGGACAAAUAGCCAAGGAAUGAUUUUUGCAUUGACUGUUGUAUAUACGUAAUAUAGAUAAGUUUUAUGA